AUGGCGGAGGACCUCCUCCCUGGGCCUAUGCUGAAACCGACCACACAGACACAAAAUAACGCUGUUGAGACUUGCCUGCGGAGACUGGAGAUUCACUUCCAAAACUUCUGGGCAAACCUUGAGGCUUGCAUGGCAUCGCCCCCACCAAGAACACAACCUGGAGAUGAGGGGACUCGAGUGCGACGAAAGGGUGGAAUCCUGGCGGGCACUGCUCUACCUCAAGCAGACACUCUGCGCCCUACUUACCCUUUCAGGCCGCAGGCCACCAGGGGUCACCCCCCCAGUGCACCAACAACACAAGCAGAAAACUAG